AUGAAAUUGAGGAUUAAGCUAAUUUUGAUGAUAGUAUUUUUAUCACUUUACUAUUUUCUAUUUAGUUUAGUAUUGUUAUUAGGUUAAUAUUUUGAUGAAGAAUAUAGAGUUGAAAGUGAAACAUUGUCUUAAGGAAUUUAUAAUGAGUCAACUUUGGUAUAAAUUAAUACUAAUAAAUUAGAGUAAAGUACGAUUUGCUCGAUAUUAUUAUGGAAGAUCUAAUAGACCAAAUAUAAAUUCACUUUAUGCUAUAUAAAAUAUAAUAGAUUACAUUGAUGAUUAUUAAUAAUUAGAUGAUAUAAGUUUACUUAAAUUAGAUUGGCAAUUUAAUAAUGUUACUAAUUUGUAAAUUCUGAAAAGAAGCUAUCCAAAUUAAUAUUAGUUAUUAAAAUAUUACUCACCCUUAUUAAAAUUGAUUGAAAUCUAUACUAAAAAUAAUGUAUUUGAUCAUUUUCAUUUUUUAUGUUAAAAUGGAUUAGGCAUUUCAUUUUCUAAUGAGGAUUUCAAUUCUACAUAGGAAUGGUAUGAAACUUCAAUAUCCAAUUGUAAAACAUAUAAUGAUUGUUUUGAUUAUAUAAGUCAAUACUCUUCAUAAAUUGCAUAUCCUAAAUUAGACUUAAAUAAUGAAGUUUGGAGAAUGAGGGCUGGAAAAGAAGGUUAUGAAUGCUAAUUAUAAGUUUAGAAGAAAAGAGAACUUGCUAUAAUUAAUUCAAAAAGACCAGUAAUUUAUUCAUUUCUAACAAAUGGAAAUAUUAAUAUAAUUUCUAAUGGAGUACUUAUUAAUAGUACACUAGAAGAUGCCUUAUCAAUUUGGCCAAAUCAAACUAGUGAUUUCACUGAUUAACUUUACACAUUAGUUACAGUUCCUAUAGAAUAUAGACAAUGGAGAAUGCUUUAUGAUGGAAUGGGAGAAUAAAGAGUUGUAUUCUUUUCUGCAUAUCAUUUUGUACAUCCAAACUUUCCAAAUAUUAAUCUUACUAAAGAAUUAAUAACUAAAUGUUCUAUGAUUUAUCUUGAAUCAAUGUCACUGUCAUAUUACAAACAAUUAGCAGGUUAAAAUGAAUAAGCAUCCACAGUUUCAAUGAAUCUUAUAAUAGUUGCUUGUGCUUUGCAUAUAGUUCUAAUCUUUUAUUUUUGGAGGAAAGGUGUAGUGAUUGCACUUUCUCUAGAAGUUCCAAUUAAUUAAUUAAUUAAAUUAACAAAAGUUGAUAUGAAAUAUCUCGAAGUUCAAUAUUUUAAUUUAGAGAGUUAUAAAGAUCUCUUUAAUAAUAAAGAAAUAAGAAAAUUUUAUGAAGUCAUAAUCAAUUAUUUGAAUAGCAUUAAAUAUUCAAAUAAUAAAUUAUUAUAAGGAUCUAAAGAUAUGGAUGAAGCUGAAGCUUUAAUUAUUUUAAGUAUGUCUAAGCGUUUCUAUAAAAAAUAUUAUAAUAAUCCUGCUGUUGGUAUCUGUGCCAAUAAUAUUGCUAAGAUUCAUAUGAGAAAUCAAAGAUAUUUGGAAGCAAUGAAUGAAUAAGAGGAAUCAGUUUUGAUAGCUAAUUAAGAUUUGUAAAGUUUAAAAGAAAUGGAAUAAUAUGCAAAUUAAGCAGCAUAACCUUAAGAUGAUUAAUAAUUAAUUAAAUUGUAUCUUAGAUUGAAAAAUAAUGUUUUAUAGAAGUUUUAAAGAUAGGAAGAAAAAGUAAUGAAGGAUGUUAUAAAAGAUUUAGAAAGUAAAACAAAAGUAAUUUAAAAUUCAUAAAAUUGCAUUGUAAGAAGACAAACUACUUAAAGAUUAAAAAAUGAAACUACUUAAUUAAAAAGUUCAUUAGAAUCUGAAGUGCAUCAUUUGAAUCAACAAACACCUAAAACACCUAAAUAAACAAAUAAUUUGUUAAGAAAAACAUUUUAAGAAGAUAAAAAUCCAAUUCAAGAAGAAAAUUUAGAUUUACCAAGUGAUAGAUUAGAAAAUUUAGGAACUCCAAAAAAAUCGAGUCCUCUUUUAAGAAUAUAAAGUAAUGAAGAAUUCUCUAAAAAGUAAGUUAUUAUUGAGCAUAAAAUUGUUUUUAGAAAAUAUUAAUUAGCUUGCAUACUCUAUAAUUAUAGUAUGACAAAAUCAUAAUCAACAUUUCUUAAUGAAAGUGUUAAACAAUUUAAUGAUAUUAUGGAUGAUCUUUAAAAUCUUCCUGAUUCAUUUUCUAUUUAAUAUAUGAAAAUAAAUAUAAUAACAAAAAAAGCAUUUUGUUUUGCUAGAGCUGGAAUGCUAGAAAAAGCAAGAUUAGAAUUGGAAGAAGCUGAAACUAAAUUAAAAAUUUUAUAAGCUAAUAGAGGUGAAAUAAAAUAAUUAGAAAUUUCUGAUUUUGUAGAUAUUUUUAGAGAAAUUCCUUUAGAAAUUUUGAGAGAAAAAUUAGCAGGUUUAGAAGUAAUAAGUACUUUUAUGUAUAGGCAUCCUUAUUAAUGAUUAGAGGAGAAUAUGUUGAAGCUUGUUAUAAGUUUAUUUCUAUUUUAAAAGCAGAAGGACAUUAUGAUCCUGGAUUUUAGAAAUUUGUAUUAAAGACAUUAACAAAAAUAUUUAAAAGAUGUAAUGUAGAUCAUAAUUGUUUGAUCAAAUUUUCAUAAUAAAAUUAACUUAAAAGACUUGAAUUAAUCUUUUUACUUGAUUAUUCAUCUGAAAUGACUACUGAAUAAUUUACUUUAUCUCAUCAUAUGUGUCAGAAUGUUGUUUAAUCUUUAAAUGAUGAUUCAUUUGUUGGACUAUAUGCAUUUAAUGAAUCUUUACAUGAAAUUUUCCCUUUAUAAUUAAAAGGAACUUAUAAAAAACUUUUAGAAUCAACAAUAGAGAAAGUGUUAAUAAAACCAGGUGGUUAGGGUAAUAUCUUCUCAGCUUUAGAGAUUACAAUAGCAUCUUUAUUUGAGAAAGAUAAACCUGAGUAAAGUAAAUAAUUAUCUUUACAUUUAAAAUCUAAUUAAAUUAAAUAAUAAAUAGAAUAAGAGGAAUUUAGAUGUUCUGAUAUGGAAUUUAGAUGUAAAACUAGUUCUCCAAGAGUAGGAAAGACUUUUUCUGGUGGAUUUAGUUAAGCUAUGAAAUAAUAUGAAGAAAAUUAGUUUGAUAAUGUUAGUUUAAAUGAGAAUAUGGUAAGAAUUGAAGAUAAUAUUUCUUAGAAUUAAUAUAAAAUUGAUAUUGAUAAUAUUGAUGAAGAAAAAGAUGAACAUACAAUUAGAUAUGUAUGUAUAUUUAGUGAGGGAGUUCAUAAUUACAAUUAAAUGUCAAUUGAUAGAUUGAAAAGUUUGAUAGAAAAAAAGAAUAUCCAUUUACUAGUUUUUAAUAUUGCAAAUUAAAAUAUGAAUAUGCUUUAUCUUAAAUAAUUAUCUUAAGUCUCAUCAGAAAGUAGAUUCUUUACAAAUGAAAUUGAAAUUAAAGAUUUUUUUUCAAAACUUAGAACUAAUGAUUUUACAAAAAGAGUUUAUUUAGAAUUCUUCUGA